CAUUAUAUUUGUUCUUCGGUGUUUAAUUUCUUUGCAUCGUUGCAUUUCUAAAAAAAAUAAGAAAAAAGGUUUUAAAAAAGGGAAAUAAAUAUGUUUUCCGGUGGUGAUUCCAGCGAGGGUAUAAAUAGCUUAAAUCAAUUGGGUGCUUAUGGAUUUGUUAAUCAAGUUGCAGUUUCAAAUGCCAUGGCUGCUGGCCAAAAUAUUGAUUGGGCCCAGUUGGCCCAACAAUGGAUACAAAUGCGUGAUAAUUCCGCAAUUGAAGCAAGUGCAAACAAAAUUAGUGAGCCAAAUUGCAAUAACUUAACAUUUGAAGAGAAAGGCGAAGCUGAUAUGGACAUGGAUGAUGAGGAACAAAAUGAUGAAAAAACAUCACAGCGGACAAGCAACGAUUUAACCUCCGCCGUUCAUAAUAGCUUAAAUCAGCCAUGGUUUUUUAGCGAAGCGCCUCGAUCAACGAAUAGCAGUCAAUGGAAUCCGUGGCCAAAUCGAGAAGUAAUGCCACAAUCAAACAAAAAUAAUAUAAGUAAUCGGCCUUCUAACCCUACUGCACACAUUCCAUCCUUGUUAAAAAUGACUGUACCGCACCCCAAUGAAAUAAGGGUAAUGCCCGAUAUUCCCAAUCAGGCAGAAAAUACCACUAAUAUGAUGGAUGCCGCAAAAAGGAAGGGGUUGCCAGCAUGGAUAAGGGAGGGUCUGGAAAAAAUGGAAAGAGAAAAACAGAAGCAAUUAGAAAAGGAACAGCAAAAUAAUGAAAAUACAAAUUCAUCUGAUGAACAUAAUACUCCUGAUAAGAAUAUUUUGACUAAAUCAGUAAGUUCAACAAAUGACGGCCCGAUACCAGUUCUAGAUGAAGAAAGUACUGACCAUGAAGAUAUAACUCUAACGAAAAGCACAAAAAAUGAAAUAGAUAUUGUUUUGAAAAAUGAGAACGAAGAAGAAGACGCAUACAGUGUUCCAGUGGGUAAAACCUAUGAACAAAAAUUAGCUGAUUUGAUGAUAGUAGUACGUCGAACUUUAACUGAACUUUUGCUAGAAGUCACAAAUGAGGAAAUCUCCAAAGUUGCUGAUGAAACUAUUAAAACGUUUAAAUCUAAAGCUGAUUUUUUGGGAAAGUCGUCAUCAGCACAAGUGAUCCGCAAAAGCGCUUUAUCUACCUUAACUGGCAAAUUGGGUUUAGCAGCAUAUGGCGACAGCUCAAGUGAAGAUAAUAGUGAUGAUGACGAUGAUGAGCACAAUUCCACUAAGAAGACAACAGGUCAGUCGGAAAGCGAAAAUGACUCCGAGGAAGAAAUACGGAAUAUUAUACGCUCAAAACGAAGGGCUUUUAUAAAAACUUCUGAAGAUAUAGAUGAGCGUGUUGCGUCAGCUGCUACUCGUGAGGAAGAGAGGCUUAAAUAUUUUUUGCGGAAGGAAGAGGAGGAGGAAAGAGAGCAUAAUCGCAAAAAACAAGAAAGAUCUCUAUUAAGAGAACCGUCAUCUUCUAGCCACAGUGGACAUAAUAUUUUCAAAGGUUACGAAAAAGAUUUUGGUGAGAUAACUGAAACAAAGAUACAACAUCUAAACGGCAAACGACAAAGGGAUCGCAGUAGUCGCAGAGAACGCACCACUCGUUUUAGUGAUAACAAAGAUAAAUAUGUAGCAUUACCAAACGCAGCUACUUUUCUCACAAAUAUGAAUACUGCAGCAAAUUCUGGGACUGCCAAUAAUACAACAGCAGCUCUGACUAGCAAUAUUCAGCGUCAAAAUAUUCCCGAUAUUAAUGGUUUAUUGACGAAUUAUACCAAUGCGGGUAUGACAAAUGUUUUAAAUGCAGCUGACGCUGCAUUAGAGAAAGUUUUAAAAGGUAAAGCUUCCUCCAGUCCAGACAAACAAAGUCGUCGUCAUGAUCGCGAUCGUAAUUAUGGUCCAUCGAAGAAGAGACAACGUACAAGUGAUAGUAAGAAUUCACGGUCUCGCUCCAAGUCUAGUUCUUCAUCGUCAUCCUCUUCCUCAUCGUCUACAUCUGAUUCUGAUUCUUCUUCUACUUCACGAUCAUCUCAUCAUUCGAAAUACAAUCACCGAUCAGCAACAAAACAUAAAUCUCAUACAUCUACUACGGACAGGCAGUAUGAAAAAUCACACAAAGAUCAUAAGAGUGAUCGGAAAUAUUCAUCGUCAUCGUCUUCGUACAGAAAAAGAGAUCGUGAAUCAACCAGUAGUCGUUACCAUCGCAAUGCAUCUAGUGAUUCCGAAGAUGAAUACCGUCGACGACACAAAUAUGAUUCCCAAUACUCCCGCAAUUCUUCCCACUCGCGUAGUUAUGCGUCGUCUAGACAUGAUCGUGACCGCGAACACUCACGUUCUCAGUCUAGAUCUUCUUAUUCUUCUUCCAGUAAUCGCAGGAAAUAAAUUUCUUUUUUCUUUUUCUUAGGUGAAAGUUAAUUCAACUACAUAUGUAUGUAUGUACUACUACGGCAGUGUUUCAUAUUGAAAUACAUACAACAUAUUGUAUCGUAUUCAAUUAUUUUAUGAAAUUUGUUCUCUUUAGUUGUUUUAUUUGAAAAAUUUUAUUCCUUAUUAUGGCAUAGCAGUAGUGGGGUUUUUCUCAUUAUAUCAACAAAAACAAUUAAUAAUAAUUUAAAUCUUUCAUUUUAUCUAAAGCAACCUUCAUUAAAUAAAUUAUAAAAUACUUACAGUAUAUAA